AUGGCUAUGGCAAGCUUGGCGAGGCGGAAGGCCUACCUUCUUUCUAGAAACUUGUCCAACACGUCAUCGGAGGCCGUCAGGUACUCCUCGCUCACCUCUUUCUCCAGGGGCUACGCUUCCUCGGGAUCUGACGACAACGAUGUCGUCGUGGUUGGCGGUGGCCCCGGUGGUUACGUGGCGGCCAUCAAGGCCUCUCAGCUCGGCCUUAAGACCACCUGCAUCGAGAAGCGCGGGGCUCUCGGCGGCACGUGCCUCAACGUUGGCUGCAUACCCUCCAAGGCGCUUCUUCAUUCCUCUCACAUGUACCAUGAAGCUAAGCAUGCAUUUCACAACCAUGGUGUUAAGUUCUCCUCUGUUGAGGUAGAUUUACCUGCCAUGAUGUCCCAAAAAGAUAAAGCUGUUUCUAAUCUUACUCGAGGAAUUGAAGGGCUCUUCAAGAAGAAUAAGGUCACUUAUGUUAAAGGCUAUGGAAAGUUCAUCUCCCCUUCCGAAAUCUCAGUGGAUACCAUUGAUGGUGAGAAUACAGUCGUGAAAGGCAAAAAUAUCAUAAUUGCCACUGGUUCUGAUGUCAAAUCUCUACCUGGGAUUGCCAUUGAUGAGAAGAAAAUAGUAUCAUCAACAGGAGCUCUGGCUUUGACAGAAAUCCCAAAGAAACUUGUGGUGGUUGGAGCAGGAUAUAUUGGCCUAGAGAUGGGCUCAGUGUGGCGUAGACUUGGUUCUGAGGUAACUGUUGUUGAGUUUGGACCUGAUAUCGUCCCAACAAUGGACUCGGAAAUCCGCAAGCAAUUUCAGCGUUCCCUUGAGAAACAAGGGAUGAAAUUUGUCCUCAAAACAAAGGUGGUAUCAGUUGAUACUUCUGGAGAUGGUGUGAAGUUGACCCUUGAACCAGCAGCUGGUGGCGACCAGACCACCUUUGAAGCUGAUGUUGUUCUUGUGUCUGCUGGUAGGGUUCCGUUCACAUCCGGCCUUGAUUUGGAUAAGAUAGGAGUUGAAACUGAUAAGGGAGGGCGAAUUUUAGUCAAUGAGAGAUUUUCUACAAAUGUCCCAGGUGUUUAUGCAAUCGGGGACGUUAUUCCUGGACCUAUGUUAGCCCACAAGGCAGAAGAGGAUGGGGUUGCAUGCGUGGAGUACCUUGCUGGUAAGGUUGGGCAUGUGGACUAUGACUUGGUCCCAGGGGUUGUCUAUACGCACCCUGAAGUUGCAUCUGUUGGAAAGACUGAGGAACAAGUGAAGUCCCUUGGUGUUGAAUACCGAGUUGGAAAGUUCCCUUUCAUGGCAAAUAGCAGAGCCAAGGCAAUAGAUGAUGCUGAAGGACUCGUCAAGAUUUUGGCUGAUAAGGAAACAGAUAAGAUAUUGGGAGUUCAUAUCAUGGCUCCCAAUGCUGGAGAGCUCAUUCACGAGGCAGCCAUAGCCUUGCAGUAUGAUGCAUCAAGCGAGGACAUUGCACGAGUUUGCCAUGCACAUCCAACUAUGAGUGAGGCCUUGAAGGAAGCUGCCAUGGCUACUUAUGACAAGCCCAUUCACAUCUAG